CCUGUAGAGGCCCUUAUGAUUCUUCAAUACGGCGGUGUUCUAAUUCACGCUGGUAGAAAACAGGCAGAAGAGCUUGGUAGAUUCAUCCGAUACAAUAUGUAUCCAGGUGAAGGGACUGGUUUGCUUCGUCUCUAUAGUACAUACCGUCAUGAGCUUAAAAUUUACAGCUCUGACGAGGGACGUGUUCAGAUGUCUGCAGCUGCUUUUGCUAAAGGUCUGCUUGACUUAGAAGGACAGCUGACGCCAAUCCUGGUUUCUUUGGUUAGCAAGGACUCUUCCAUGUUGGAUGGUCUUGAUACUACCAGCAAUUAAAUAGAAGCUGCCAAGAUUUGUCCCAUGACUUGAGUCAUUUUUUGAAGUGUGUGUAUCAGUCAAUCCACAAGAUUGAUUUCAUCAUAAUUGGACUAUAUAUGCAGGCUAGAUUGAAUGAGAUUGUAACGUCUGGCAAAAAAAUGAUCAAUGAAUUACUACUAUUUGUUAUUAUCAAUUCAUAGUAGUAUUUAUCAAAUUAAAUACGCAAAAGACAAAACAAAAAGAGAGAGACAUAACAUAAAAUAAGUUAGCAUAUUAAAUUGCAAAUAAGCCAAAAUAUUUCAAAGCACUCAAACAACCAAGAAAAUUAAUAAUCGAACCAGCUACCUUUUUUUAUUAGACCGGAUAUUAGUUCCACCAAUAAUCGUGGUCAACUUACCAACAUGGUGCAUAUAUGUCAAAUGGACAAAUCUGCGUUUAAGCAACCCAACCUGUAGGGGAUUUAUAUUUUUUUUUGUGAAUCUCGUGGACUGAUCUAACGCAGAUUGGGGUUCAUAGGUGAAGUUUCAAGAAAUCGUUAUAAUUUGAUUGGUCGAUUGUUUUUAAUUUUUAUUUAUUUAGUUUAGAUCUAAAAAUUUAAGAUAAGUCUAAAAUCAUUUAACAUCACUUGCCAUAUAAUCUAACGAAUAUUACAAAAUAACAAUUUAUGGAAACUAAUUCUCGAAAU